UGAUGUCACCAGUAUCGUUGUGACAACCAAUUCCCUACUUUUUCUCUUAGUGUCCAAAGGAUAUAUCCACAGACAUGUUUGCCCGUCUUUGUAGGCGCUUUGGGAGAGUUGAUGUUGAUAGAGAAGAGUCUAGAGUGAAGCAAACGAAACCUAAAGAGGCCUGCAGACAGAUGUCAUCCCCUGAAAAUAUCCUAAACAAGGUGCAGGCCAACGAGGAAGAGGAGAGGCUGAAUAGAGAACUGGAGCUAACUACCAAGGAGAGAAAUGAGCUGACAGAACGCCUCCUUUAUGUGACAGGUGGAUCCAUGAGCACGAGCCCCUACUUCAGGCCAAAUCCAUUUUAUGAAAACUUGAAGAUAAAGGAGAAAGAGGUCAUGUCAUUACUGCACAACUUAGACACAAAGAACACUGAACAUCGUGAGAAAUUUCAGGAGCUCAAGAAGGAGAUUAACUUCUAUCGCAACCUGCACAGCCGGCUCCUGAUGGACCAGGCAUGUAUGAAGAAGAAGUUGGUCACAUUGAAGCAGGAGAGCAAGGAGUUACAGCGAUAUUUGUUUGAGUUGAACCCGAAGGAUGAAGACGAACAGGAGAAGGCCAGCAACCUCCAGACCCAGCAAAAUGUGGUAGGAACAAGCAGCUGAGUCAGAUUAACAAUGUCUGAUACCAUUUGCCUAUUGGAUGCAUCUUUGCUUCCCCUAUCAUCUUUCUAAUCUCCCCACACCCAAUCAGUCACCCUCCUCAUGUGAUAGAGUUAUUCAUUGCUCUGUUUAUGCACAAGUAUCCUGGGAAGUUAACCACUCUUCAGAAACUGAAUUAUGGGCAAGUACACUUCUCUGCCCUUUUUGAAACUGCAGUCCAGAAAUGGUGACAAAGGAAUAACAUAUCACAUGACUGCAUCUCCCUAUCACAGAUUGGAUGCUAUGAAGAGUUUUGAAUGAGUUUUUGGUCGUGUGACAAAGGUCAUACAGGGGUCAUGUGAUGGUUGGAAGCACCUUGUAGGGAUAAGAACCAAGUGCAAAUGGCAAAUGAGUCCUGGUCAUUGGCUUUGAUCUGGGUAUCAUGUGGCCUUCUCCUUUCUUUCUGCACCCCAAUUAGGUCUCUCCCCAUUUCCCCAUUCUUGGUUUGCACUGGUAGAGUCUGAGGAGCAGCUUGUUCUCUCACAGUACUGUGAGGGUUGCUGGUGAUGUUCCCAGCCUGCAGAGAUAUCAGCAAUGAUUUCAGUGAAAAGAUCAGUGCUGUCUGUCCAAUGCAGCUGAGGGAACAGAAGGCAGCAACUUGACAGCUGGUAUGCAUGUCCCCACCAAAUCAGUGUCUUAAUAGCUGCCUUCUCCUCCCAGGUCUCAGAAACUGCAGGAGACAUGGCAUAGGACGGAUCCCAGGAAGACAGCCCCCUGAGGAAUGAGUUUCUCUCUCAGGAGUUCCCUGUGACGACAAUCCUCACAGUCAAAGACUUUUUGGGGGAAUAUUCUUCUUCUCAGAUAAUUUCCUCAAUGUAUAGAGACCCUAAAUUUAUGUAUCCGUAUGCCAGCCUGUCUCAUUGAGGUAUUUCUCCUUUCUCAUACUGACAACACCAUUUGAGAGACAACUGAGGGGACUGCCUUGACAUCUCACGUCCUAGAGGAGAAACAGCACUACAACUGUGUUUCUAAAUGUUCAUUAAGAAAAUGCUGUUAAGAAAUGUUUUUGGUUAUGAUUUUCAUUGAAGUUUUCUUUUUGUUAUUUCAUAGUUAUAUAUUCUUGUUACUGUUUUUCAUUUUUUAUACCAUUUUAGUUGUUCAUUUUAUGCCUGUUUUUUGUAAAUUGUAUUCCUUAUGAAUAAAAAUUGAUUUGUAACUCUUGACACUUAACACCAUCUUAUUCAAGGGUCCUUUCCCCUCCUGUAGACUUAGAACUGACAG